CAGUGAAAGUAUUCAUAUUGUCAACUCGUCAGUGUGACGCAGCGUAGAGACGGGGCUGGGCUGACGCACCAUCUGGAGGGUUUCCGACCAUGUGAUCACCUCUUUCCUGCUUCACUGCCGCGGAAUCUACUUCGCCAAGUACCAACCACCACCUGUUGUAGUCAUCAUCAUGGGUAAAAAACACAGGUUCUAUGAAAAAGGCAAAAAGAGGCGCCGGGAUGAUCUUCCUCCAGAUGAAGAUGAAGACCUGGAGUUAGACGGAGUCCCCAAAGCAUCAACAGAAAAUGUUGAGGAGGAUGGUGACCAGAAAACUUCCAAGGACCAGUAUGGUGCCUUUGACUAUCGGCCACACAUAAAACUGAAAGAUGAUCAUACAUCACGUCCUCUCUGGAUUGCGGCCAAUGGUCACAUCUUCUUGGAGUCCUUUUCUCCUGUCUACAAACAUGCCAAGGACUUCCUUAUCACCAUUGCUGAACCUGUCUGUCGCCCUGAACACAUCCAUGAAUAUAAGCUGACUGCCUACUCUUUAUAUGCAGCAGUUAGUGUUGGCUUACAAACACAUGAUAUCAUAGAAUAUUUGACAAGACUUUGCAAGACUUCAUUGCCACCUGGGAUCUGUGAGUUCAUACAAAACUGUACAUUGUCAUACGGAAAGGUGAAAUUAGUGUUGAAAAAAAAUCGUUACUAUGUAGAGAGUGAUUUUCCUGAUGUAAUCCAAAAACUUGUGAAAGAGCCUAGGAUUCAGGAAUGUAUGAUCAGUCCUAGUGAAGGAGUAGUGAGUACAGAAAAACAAAAAUCACGUGACAUCAUGUUCACCAGUCACCAGGCACAGAUGGCAGGUAGUACAGAAGACCCUGCCAAUGCCCAGAAGCCUGAGUCUGAACAAGCCAAUGGAGAAACCAAAGACAAAGAUAAAGAUGCUGUUCCUGAGGACAUCACAAGCUUUUAUGAUAAAGUCGAAGAAGAGGAAGAAGAAGAAGGAAACAUGAAGACACUCUCCUUUGAGGUCAAUCAGGAUAAAAUUGAAACAUUACAGAAGACUUGCAUUGUUCUUGAUUUUCCUCUGUUAGCAGAGUAUGAUUUCAAGAAUGAUACCAUAAAUGAAGACAUCAAAAUAGAUCUCAAGCCUUCAGCUGUGUUAAGGCCAUACCAGGAGAAGAGCUUGAGAAAGAUGUUCGGAAAUGGUCGAGCCAGGUCAGGAAUCAUCGUCCUUCCAUGUGGUGCUGGCAAGAGUUUGGUUGGUGUUACCGCUUGUUGUACUGUCAAUAAAAAAGCUUUAGUUCUGUGCAACUCUGGUGUGUCAGUGGAACAGUGGAAGCAACAGUUUAAAAUGUGGUCCACAGCUACUGAUGACAUGAUAUGUAGAUUCACCUCUGAUGCUAAAGAUAAACCUUUCAAUGCUGGUAUUCUAGUAACAACCUAUGCUAUGAUCUCUCAUAAUCAGAAGAGGGCUUAUGAAGCAGAGCAGACAAUGAACUGGCUGAAGGAGCAGGAAUGGGGUAUAAUGGUUCUAGAUGAGGUGCACACCAUUCCAGCAAAAAUGUUCAGGAGAGUUCUCACCAUUGUUCAGGCACACUGCAAAUUAGGACUAACUGCUACACUUGUCAGAGAAGAUGACAAGAUUGCAGAUCUGAAUUUCUUGAUUGGCCCAAAGUUAUAUGAAGCCAAUUGGUUGGAGUUGCAGAAAGAAGGCUUCAUUGCCAAGGUGCAGUGUGCUGAAGUUUGGUGUCCAAUGACACCUGAAUUUUACCGGGAGUAUCUGAUGGGCAAGGUGUCUGAUCAAAAAAUUAAAUUGCUGUGUGCCAUGAACCCUAAUAAGUUUAGAACUUGUGAAUUCCUUAUCAAAUAUCACGAGAACCGUAGUGAUAAAAUUAUUGUCUUUAUUGAUGAAGUUUUUGCACUGAUUCAUUAUGCAAAGACAAUGCAGAAACCAUACAUUUGUGGUAAGACUGGACAAAAGGAACGCAUGACCAUCAUUCAGAACUUCAAACUGAAUCCUAAAGUUAACACAAUAUUCUUCAGUAGGGUUGCAGACACAUCCUUUGACAUUCCUGAAGCAAAUGUUUUGAUAGAAAUUUCCUCCCAAGGAGGAUCACGUCGACAGGAAGCUCAGAGGUUAGGUCGAAUCUUGAGGGCCAAGAAAGGUGCCAUAGCAGAGAACUUCAAUGCUUUCUUCUAUGCACUGUUAUCUCAGGACUCUAGAGAGAUGGGAUACUCACGUAAAAGACAGAGUUUCCUGAUUAACCAAGGAUAUGCAUAUCAAGUAAUUACUCCAGCUCAAAUGGUUGGUAUGGAUGAAGAACAGUUGCAUUAUAGCACAAAAGAAGAAAAGGUGCAUCUUUUAGAGCAGAUCUUAGCAGCCUCUGAGGCUGACAUGUAUGAAGAGGGAGUUUUGGGUGAGCGAGGUGCAGGAUCUCAGCGUAAGGCAGGAAAUAUUAGCUCUUUGUCUGGUGCUGAUGACUCAAUUUAUGGAGAGAAAAGGAAGGGUUCAAAGAAGGAUCACCAACAUUACUUAUUCAAGAAAUUCAGGUCUUGAAGUUUUUACACAUUUCACGUAUGUAGAUUGGUCCUGUUUAUUGUCAGGUGAUGGUUAUUCAUUGUACAUUGUGAUUAUAUUAACAAUGGAUGUACUGUAUUGGUUAUUAAUGCUCAAAUACACAGUAUAUUGUAUGUUUUCACAAAAUCUGAAUAUUUGUUCCAAGGAAUGAUUAUUUAUUUUUUUAUUUAUUGUCAAUUUUGGUUUAUUGAUAUUCAUUGAACUCCAUAAUGAACCUUGGUGAGCUAGAACUCUUGAUACAAAAUGGGCUUAUCAUUAUUGUAACCUGGAAAUCUGUGUUGUGGUUUACGAUGGAAAAUAGAAGGAAUUAACUAUUGACAAAGGAUAGGUGUGGGUGCGUGUGUGUUUUCUCUCCCAAACAAUUUGACAGUUGAGAAAAUGCUAAUGAAAGAGAAUAAGGUCAGUUAUGCAUUCACGGGUCAUGAGAAAGUGUUUUGAGAACUAAAUAAUCUGUAAUCUGAAGCUGAAAAAGUUGGUGAUAAAAGGAAAGUGUAUUUAUAUUUGAUUUAUUUCAUAUCAAUUAAAGGUGUAAAGUAAUAAAAUACUGAAUGGUUGAGAAGGAUGAAUUGCAGCAACUGUACCUUCAUGUGGUUUGGUGAAGUGGAAAGAAUGGCAGAGAGUGAAGUGAUUUUUUUUUAUAAAUUUGGUUGUCAUAAGACCUGAGACUUCAAACUAUGGUUGAGUACCAAGGGGCCAAACUCUUUAUUUGUUAAGGAAUCACAGACCUUCCCUUUGUGAUGAUUAAAAGAAAGAGCUCCAUUAACUACAUAUGUAUGUUUACAAAAUUAAUGCCUAUAUUUCUUUAUUUAUAAUAGGAAAAAGAAAAAUCAUGAUCUGUGGUGUUAUUACAUUCAAAUAAUCUUGCGUGUAUUUUGAGGUUUUGUUAGCAAAAUUAGGUAUAUCUUAAGAUAUUAAAUGAUAAGCUAAGUUGUAGGUAAUGGUAAAUAUAAAUUCAAAGAAAUGGAAAGAUGAAAAGAAAAGCUUUUGAUAUUUGGUACAUCAGUUAAUAUAUUAAGAUAUGACUUAGUUGGAAGGAGAAACCUGUGCUCUGUCAUGGAAAAUAACCAAAGAGCAAAGGAACUUUGGAAUUCAGUUCUGUUAUACAUCUUCCUACACUGAGGCAAAGCAUCACAUGUCUCAAUCACUGCUUGUGGAAAGAAAUGCCAGCCUAGUACAGCAUAACUAGAUAGUUGGAUAAUAAUAGUUUGAUGAUACAUACACCACAGGAUAUCAGGCUAUUACUACAUGUAUUAUAUUUCAGGCAAGGCAAUGGAAAAUUUAGUGUCAUUUUCAGAAUUUCUUUCACAUUUCACUUCAUUGAAAUGAAUUAUGUUAUUGAUAUGUUAACAGUUACUUGCAUAAUUAUUAGAAGUAGUAACUAUUGUUCAGAUACCAUUUCAUCAACAUUAUUAUGACUAGGGAAAGAAGGAUAUGUGGCAUAACACAUAUUAUUAUGUUUUGACUAAUCCAUUUGUUUUUUUUUUCUGAAAGUGGUAUGAAGUAUUUUCAUCUAGGAAAAAAAGAUAAGGCAGGAUGAUGCUUGAUACAAUGAACUUGAUUUGAGAGUGGAUAUUUUUAGGAGGAAAAAAAAAAAAAAAUAUAUAUAUAUAUAUAUAUAUAUAUAUAUAUAUAUAUAUAUAUAUAUAUAUAUAUAUAUAUAUAUAUAUAUAUAUAUAUAUAUAUAUAUAUAAAUAGUUGAAUUUAUUUGACUCAAAUUCUGUAUUGUGAAUUUGUUAUACUCCCACUCUCUUAGUUGAUUCUUCUGAAUGUGCCUCUGUGGAUUUUAUAAAUAAUACUGAAAAUGUUUCC